GUAAUGUGUGGUUGUCCACAUCUAGCUGCCUUAACAUUAAUACACACACUGUAAAUCGCUCUGAAUAAGAACGGCUGAUAAAAUGAAUACAAUUUUAAUAAUUUCCCAUUUGAAAGAGUACAGUGUUGCACAGGACUGUCUGUGUACCUGAGAUGGUCUCAAGAGGGCGCUCUUGGAUAAAGAGGAAGAAGGGUAACGCUACGUAAACAAACCGGUCUGUCAGAGGGGUGAGUAGCAGAUAGUACCAAUGGGUGCAUAAAAAACGAAAUAUAUCCACACUCAAUAAUCUUUCUGAAAAGCAGUAUCCUCACUAGCCGUGAGGGAUGAGCCACCGGUCGGAACGUCGUGGGAUCCAUGUGGACCAGUCAGAGCUGCUGUGUACGAAGGGGUGUGGUUUCUAUGGCAACGCGGCCUGGCAGGGCCUCUGCUCCAAGUGCUGGCGGGAGGAGUACCAACAAACCAGACACAAACAGAUCCAGGAGGACCAUGCACUGGCAGAGAGGUUACAGAGGGAGGAGGAGGCAGCGUACGCUAACAACCACCAGGGGGCACCCCAGCCUGCCAUCGCACCCUUCAGCAAGUUUGAAGAAAGGAAAACCAAGGAGAAGUCACGUAAAGUCAACACAGUGACUAAGUUUUUCACUCCCUCAGCAAAGACACCGCCCAAGAAAGACUCCGUCCAUGGCGAGGCCCUGUCGACCCCCAGCCCCUCAGUGAGCCGCAAGCCCUUAGAGACAGACCGCACCACACAAGAGUUCAUCGACUUCCUCAAGACCCUGAAACCUGGCAGGGAGAUCUUCAAACAGUGCCGAGCCUUCACAGAGAGCAUGGCGUACAAGAGGGACCUGGGUGCUGAUGAGCUGUCUGAGUGUGUUCAAGACUUCUACCAGAACUUGUCAGACCGCCUGCACACACACUUCAAAGGGUCGUCGGAGCGCGUAGAGAGUGUGAUGGACGAGGUAGAGCGGUACAUGAUGACACGUCUCUAUGAGGAGGUCUUCUGUCCUGAGACCACAGACGAUGAGAAGAAAGACCUGGCCGUUCAGAAGAGAAUCAGGGCCUUGCAUUGGGUCACCAUUGAGAUGCUGUGUGUCCCUGUGGAUGAGGAGAUUCCUGAGGUGUCUGAUAACGUGGUCAAAGCCAUCACAGAUGUGAUCGAGAUGGACUCAAAGCGUGUGCCCAGGGACAAGCUGACCUGCAUCACACGCUGCAGUAAGCACAUCUUCAAUGCCAUCAAUACCACCAAGAAGGAGGCGGCAUCUGCUGAUGACUUCCUGCCCACCCUCAUCUACAUCGUCCUGAAGGCCAACCCUCCGCGACUGCAGUCCAACAUCCAGUACAUCACCCGCUUCUGUAACCCCAGCCGCCUUAUGAGCGGAGAAGACGGAUACUACUUUACCAACCUGUGCUGUGCGGUGGCCUUCAUAGAGAAGCUGGAUGGCCAGUCUCUGAACCUGAGCACUGAGGAGUUUGAGCUCUACAUGUCAGGCCAGGCGUCCCCCCAGCGGCCCCAGGCUGCCCCCUCCCCCCCAGGCAGUGCUGCUUUCAGCCAGAUGAACGAGCGUCUGGACCUGCUGACGGGGCUGGGCGUGAGGCAGGAACGUGUCAUGGAGGGGGCUCGCCGCCUGGAGAGUGACCUCAUCGACUGGAGGGACGGGGUGGAGCACAAAGUGCAGGAUGUGUUGGAGAGGUUCCCCCUGGAAAUGCACCCCCCCGCCUCCCCCACCGCCUCUUCUGCCAUAGACGCUGACAAUAUGGAGAACGACCACCUGCCUCCUCCUCUCCAGCCCCAGUUGUUCGCUGGCUGACCCCCAACACCCAACCCCCCUACCCUGACCCUCUGGACUUGUUACUCUCUCUCUCCACCCUGGAAAGUGGCUCCUGUCCUUAUGCACAUAUAGGUUCCCUGUAAUGGAUCCAAGAAGUGUAACUCCAAACCUCUCCAUUGUAUGCACACUUAAAAUAGAUGCUUGCAGUCGCCUGUACCCCAGUACUCUUAAAUAGCCAACUUUCUCGGUCUGUCUUCACCACUGAUUGGUAAGAGGACAAGAUAGGUUGCAGGCAUAUUGCCUUCAUCCAUGGUCAUGAAGGAAAGGAGAUGAGGAAAGGAAGCUUUUUAAGACUAUUGGGACGCAGACCAUUGAUCUUGCCCUCCCUUGUCCCCUAUAUUAGUCCUCCUGACUGAAUCCAAGUCAGAGGACAGAAGCCCUGGUGAGAGGGAUCUGUUGUGAUCGCGUGUGUGAGUGUAUGUAACCACAACCAAAUUUCCCCUGAAGAUGUCUAAAUAUAUAUAUACCGUAUUUUCCGCACUAUAAGGCGCACCGAAGUAUAAGCCGCAGCAGCUAAAUUGAAUG